ACGCCGAUUCGUGACACUCUGACAGAAUUUCAUUUCCGUGGAUAUCUUGAAGAUGGUGAUUAUGCGGUCAUUGGACAGUUAAUAAAUCUCUCAAAGUUAUCAGUUAUCUCUUCACUUUAUGCAACCGAUGAACAGCUUAUGCACUUAAAAUCACUUCGCAACUUGGAGCAUCUCCACUUCGAUUGCUCCGGACCGGACUGUGAUAUCACUACUGAAGGCCUUAUACGAUUCUUUGAACAUCCUGCCGAGAACGCAUCAAAUUAUUUUCCGUACCGUCUCAAAUAUUUGUCUUUCUUCGAAUGUUACAAUUUCCACGCUGAUGUUGCAAAAGCACUUGUGAAAAGACCAAUGGUUCUCACAAGCGAGGUUGGGGGAGUGGGCCGUGCAACAUUUUUGAUUCAUUUGAAAUUCACAGACCCGUUAUAUUUUGUUUGCUUAUUCGCGUCAAGUGUACUUCAGUUGUCCACAGCUCGUAUCCCUGAACGUCAGCGGAAAUCGCCUUAUCCUCGAGGAAGGCUUAACAAUACUCAUCAAAGAAAUCUCCGAUUCAUUGACAUUUCGAGAAUGCACGAAGAGGAAGGUGAUUUCAAUGAAAUGGAUGAGCUGCAGUUUGAUGUGGUGCGAAACUUGUCUGAUGAGGACGUACCUCAACUCCAGUUUCUUCAGUCUCAUUACAAUAAGUUCGAUCAGGAGAUUUUUUGGAAGCUGAACAUGAAACGUCCAAAUUUGAUGAUUACGACUAGACGUGAUUAUUUCAUCAACUGGGAUAUUCGAGAUGGAAAACCGUUCUUGAAUGAUGAUUUCAAAGGAGACAUGAAUCAUUUACUGAAUGACCUCAACGAAUGUGACGGUUUUUGCUGCAUGGGAAUGCCGUAUGUAUGGUUUGCUUGGUGA